AUGUCAUUUCUCUUUGGACGUCGUCCGCGAACGAAUACCGUGGAUCUGCCCAAGCAAGCAAAGGAACAAAUAUCGAAACUAGAGGGACCUGCAGGUGCUGCGAAGGCAGAGGAACUUGCGAAGACUCUAAGUCAGAUGAAAUUUGUCUUGCAAGGUACACAAGAAGUCGAAGCCCAGCCUGAACAAGUCUACGCCCUUGUGACUGGUAUGAUCACGGAGGAUCUGCUUUAUCUCCUCGCUGUCAACUUACAAAGACUCCCGUUCGAAGCCAGAAAGGAUGCACAAGUCAUCUUCUCAUACGUUUUACGAUUUCGACCGCCGACCGCAUCGCCGAAAAGUGAGCCCAUAGCGCUUAGCUGGGUUAUCAACAACAGACCGGAAGUUUUUGUUGAGCUUUGCAAUGGAUAUGAUCACAAAGAGAGUGCUACACCAGCUGGAACAGUAUUGAGAGAGGUGCUUAAAAGCGAGCAGGCGGCAGCAAUUAUCCUAUACGACGAUCCCACCGAGAACGGCAAUUCGAAAGGCUUGACAGGUAUUCAGUUGGAGACAAGACAAAGCGGAAAAGGUGUCUUUUGGAAAUUCUUCAAUUGGAUUGACCAGGGCUCUUUUGAAGUCGGCGCAGAUGCCUUUACAACAUUCAGAGAAUUGUUGACGAGGCAUAAGAGCCUUGUUGCCCAAUACUUAUCGACGAACUUUGACCUAUUUUUUGACAAAUACAACAACAUACUUGUGAAAUCGGAGAGCUAUGUCACCAAGAGACAGUCGAUCAAACUGUUAGGCGAGAUUCUUCUGGAUCGAGCAAACUACGCUGUCAUGACGGCCUAUGUUGACAGAGGCGAGCACCUCAAGAUAUGUAUGAAUCUGUUGAGAGAUGAAAGGAAGAUGGUCCAAUAUGAAGGUUUUCACGUCUUUAAGGUUUUCGUUGCAAAUCCACAUAAGUCUAUUGCAGUUCAGAAAAUCCUUCUGAACAACCGAGAAAGGCUAUUGAGCUUCUUGAAACAAUUCCUGGAAGACAGAACGGAAGACGAGCAAUUCAUUGAUGAGAGAGAGUUUUUGAUUAAGCAGAUUAGGAAUAUGCCGCCACAACCAGUGGAACCAUCCCAGAAGCCAGCUCUUCUAGGAUCCCAGGCGAGGUAG